AUGGCUCUGAACAAUUGUUCCCACCUGAACUUGGAAGUGGACUCUUUCCUGUACUGCAACACCACCUUCAAUCAAAGUCUGAAUCCCCCCAAGAUGGACAACUGGUUCCACCCGGGAAUCAUUUAUAUCAUUCCUGCAGUUUAUGGGAUUAUCAUCGUGAUAGGCCUCAUUGGCAACAUCACCCUGAUCAAGAUCUUCUGUACAGUCAAGUCCAUGCGAAAUGUGCCAAACCUGUUCAUCUCUAGCCUGGCUUUGGGAGACCUGCUGCUGCUGGUAACAUGUGCCCCUGUGGAUGCCAGCAAGUACCUGGCUGACAGAUGGCUUUUUGGCAGGAUCGGUUGCAAACUGAUCCCCUUUAUCCAGCUUACUUCAGUGGGGGUGUCUGUCUUCACACUUACAGCACUGUCCGCAGACAGGUACAAAGCCAUUGUCCGGCCAAUGGAUAUCCAGGCAUCGCAUGCCCUGAUGAAGAUCUGUCUCAAAGCUGCCUUGAUCUGGAUCAUCUCUAUGCUGUUGGCCAUCCCAGAGGCUGUGUUUUCUGACCUCCAUCCCUUCCAUGUGAAAGAUACCAACCAAACCUUCAUUAGUUGUGCCCCCUACCCACACUCUAAUGAGCUGCACCCCAAAAUCCACUCUAUGGCUUCCUUUCUGGUUUUCUACAUUAUCCCGCUGUCAAUCAUCUCUGUUUACUACUACUUCAUUGCCCGGAAUCUGAUUCAGAGCGCCUACAAUCUUCCCGUGGAAGGCAAUAUACAUGUCAAGAAACAGAUCGAAUCCCGGAAGCGACUUGCCAAGACAGUACUGGUGUUUGUGGGCCUCUUUGCCUUCUGCUGGCUCCCCAAUCAUGUCAUCUACCUGUACCGCUCCUACCACUACUCUGAGGUGGACACAUCCAUGCUCCACUUUGUCACCAGCAUCUGUGCCCGCCUCCUGGCCUUCACCAACUCCUGUGUGAACCCCUUUGCCCUCUACCUACUGAGCAAGAGCUUCAGGAAGCAGUUCAACACUCAGCUCCUCUGCUGCCAGCCUGGCCUGAUGAACCGCUCCCACAGCACUGGAAGAAGUACCACCUGCAUGACCUCCUUCAAGAGCACCAACCCCUCAGCCACCUUCAGCCUCAUCAAUGGAAACAUCUGUCAUGAGGGGUACGUCUAG